UGGCUUCGGACGUUCAGUGUAUAGAUAUCGCUGCGCUGAACAACAUCGCGAUAUCAUUUUUAACGUGUUUCUUUAUUCAUUUUCCGCGACUGUCAACCGAAAAGUGACCAGUGAGUGAACCAAACGCAACGUUGUUCAUCAAAUGCAGUGUCCACCAUGGUGCACAGUGGUCCGCCUCCGGUUUCUUCAGCAUCUCCUUUCUGAUACCGACUUGUAGGAUUCUCCUUUGAAUCCACGAUAAAGUCUCGGUGUAGCGAUAAAAAGAGAAAGAGCAAAGGGAAAACGUAUGCAGAGUACUGACACUUUUUCCGCCCCCCCGAAAGGAUAAAGAAAACGUGAAACGGCCGUGAAAAGGAUGCGAGCGGUCGGACGGCGGAUCAAGAGACAAAAGGUUUCUCGGCGAGGCUGCAAGCAUCUCGGGGUACUCGCGAGAUCAGGCUCGCAAAUUACGGUGCACUUACGCGGCGCGAGCAAAGGCGCAUCAUGGAAAACGUCCUCGCGAGCGCUCGUCAACUGGUGUACCAGCCUCUGAAGUGUCAUCGCUAAGAAGCUAAUCGCAGUCAUGUCGAACGGGUCUAACACGACCGACGAUUUUCUCGACUACGACAUCAACGAGUCGUUCAGCCACUUCGACUGGGCGGAACUUGGCCCCGUCGUCGUCGUCUAUUCCCUCACGUUCAUCCUUGGAUUAGUCGGGAACGUCGUCAUCAUCGCUUCCACGCUCUGCCCGAGGUUGCGACCCCUGCCCGCGACCCCGACCAAUGUCUUUCUCGGCGGUUUGGCAACGGCCGAUCUCCUUCUCAUACUCUUCUGCAUUCCCGUUAAGGUCGCCAAGCUGUUCUCCUACACAUGGACCAUGGGGCUGUUUCUCUGCAAGUCGGUGCAUUAUAUGCAGAGCGUGUCCGCUAUUUGCUCUGUCAUCACGCUGACCGCGAUGUCCGUGGAAAGAUAUUAUGCAAUAGUGCAUCCAAUGAGAGCGCAGUACACGUGCACGAUAAGCCAGGCCCGUAAGAUCGUGAUUAUAACAUGGGUGGUGUCGUUUCUGCUCGGUAUUCCGAUGAUUUUCACACAGACGCACAAGGUGGUCGGGAGGAGGUUGAUCGCCUAUUGGUGCGUCCGGGACUCCGACGCCGGUCUUCUUUGGCUCGCGCACGAGGUCUACAUGCUGAUCGUCGUCCUCAUUCUGCCUCUGAUCAUCAUGGCGUUCUGUUACACGGCGAUCUGCUGGGAAAUCUGGCGAGUGAUGAAACGUCGCUACCACAUGACGUCGCGCCACGCAUUAAACCCGAACAACCUGAACGCCGAGUCGAUACCCAUGACACAAAGGCAGAGCAUGCGGAACGGUCGCCGUUCCUAUCGAGAAGACGGACAAACGGAGGAGGAAUCUCGAACCAUGAAACAGGUGGUGAAGAUGCUGGUGGCCGUGGUGGUGCUGUUCGCCAUUUGCUGGGGGCCGAUCCUCGUAGACAACAUACUCACCGCUUCCGGCUACGUGCCGCGCAAUAAAACCGGGACGUACAAACAUCUUAACACCGCCUUCCAGCUGAUGGCUUAUUUUAACAGCUGCAUAAACCCGAUCGUUUACGGGUUUAUGUCGAAGCACUUCCGAGAAAGCUUCUUGGCGGCAGCCUGCGGCGGUUGGUGGAUCUGCUGCCCGAAAAGAGGCUACCGAGCGCCGGUGAAGAGGCACCCCAGCCUCAGUCAGACCAGAACCACCAGCGUCAGGUGCACGCCGCGGCGAUCGGAUCCCAUAAUUUUCGUUCCCCGUGUGUAUUUGCUCGCUCAAUUAACAGUGCACCCCUGUAAGCACGCGAUCGGACGUAACCCGGUACGAUAUCUCGAAACGGGAAACCCGACGCGGCCCGGUUAGCCGCGUUAUGUCGAUUAAAAAACAACAGAAAAAGCACAAGAGAAUCAGGAGGCAAAGCCGCCGAUUUCGUCCAUCUUCGAUUUUCCGACAGCGUCCACCUCGAAAACCAAUUCUCGUCGGUAUUAUUCUCGAACGAAAACGCAUCCCCGAGGAAAGAUAGAAAACCCGGCCAAAAAGUAGAGCGAAAGGAGACAAAAGUGAAAAAAGUGGCGGAGAAUCGAAAUGGGACUCGAGCUAUCGAAUGUCUCCCGGCGUGUCUCUUCGCGAAAUGAAACGGUCGGGCGAUAUUUCCUCGGACGGGGGAAUCUAUGUGUACAGCGGUACACCGUUCGAUUGUUCGUCGAGGACGUACCGCGCGGGACAAUAUGGUGGCCGCGAGUUUUCCAUAUUCGACGCGGUCGGUCUCGAAUCCGAAAUUCGGCGAGCAGCGAGUCCCUUCCGUUCUUAUAGUCGGCCUGUUUUCCACCGCGUCUGCUUUCAGAUGGACUUGAUUCUUUGGUCGCACCCGGCCCACGUCGAGGCAGCUAUUUCACAGGUAAAGAAACCGGUGACUGGGUCGGGGAGACGCGAGAACGCCGCACCGGAGAAAACGAAAAAGAGUUUCCAGCUGGAACGAACCGGGACCGCCUCCAGGACUGUCCUCCUUAAUUCGCAAGUUGCGACGAGGGAUCGACCCGUGGAACUUUCGUUUCACUCGGACCCGGACGGACGAUCUCCCUUUGUCGACAAGAAAAUCGGAAACAUCGAAACGAUCUCCUCGCCUCCGAGCUCCCGUCGAUCCUCCGUUCCGAAAGCUGACAGAACAACGAGUUGUCCGGCAGAAGAAGAAAGCAAUUUGCAUUUAAUUAAACUUUCCGCGAAGAGGCAGCUGCGCAGGGCAUUUUUGUCCGGAAAUUUCGAGCGGAACGCGGAGCGUCGAUAUUUUCCCGGACAGAGUUUUCCGAAACGGCGAUCAUUGAAAUUCGAAUACGGAAAUGUAUUAUUGGCUGUUGAUCCACAGCGUCGUGCGAAUGGUACGACGGCCAUUGAUGGGUUCGAAACGUGCGAUUCCUGAAUCGAAGUUCCUCUUUAAUUCAUUGCUUCCUAUGGAAACCGCGGCCGCGCAGCUUCCGAGGUGAACCGCUUCGAUGAAAGGGGCGAGGAACGACCUCCCCAGCGAACCUCGGGACAUUAACUAACUGUAAGUCGCCGAUCAAGCGGGCUCCUUUAUUUAUUCGUGCGUGUGUAAGCUUCUAUAAUAGCUACGAAAUCCGAAGAGCGUCGCGCGUUCGAGGGAGAGCGACGCGUGCAGAGCGAAUCGGACGGGUCGCGUUGUAAAAUAAAAUCGCUGAUCGCGUUUCUUCUCGUCGUAUCAUUCGAACGGUCUUGUUAAUUAGAGACCGGUAAUCCUGUAUCUCGAUUUAGCUGGUAGCGAACCGAAUCUCGCGCGAAAUUCGCCGCGAGAUUUUCGACAGUGGGGAAACAAAAGCGCUAAUCGACUGAACAACACUGAGCAUACGGACGCGUAUAAUUAUGUCCGUAGGACUCGAUCGGCUUCAAUCGAUCCAAUUAGUCUAGAUCGCGUUAAGUCUCGUGUACGGUAGCUUUCUCGACAGGGCCUAGAAUUCACGGACGGCCUCUGCUAAGUGUAUUUUUCCAAUUCUCCUCGUGCUUCUGUGUGCUAAUCGCGAGAGUAACCGCGGCGCGAUCGAUUUUUCUCCUCGUCAGCGAUAUUUGGAAGAAGACGAUUCGCUCGCGUACCCUAGGAUAGGAUUUUCUCGAAACUUCUCUCGCAUACAUUCGGUCGGUCAAUCGUUUCUCCUCGAAUUAACCCUUCGGGACACGCCCAAUUCCUGGUUUCUCUCGACUCCUUCUCUCUGCGUUACAGAAGUUGCCAUAACCUACCGAUAAUUUACAUCUUUUUACAUUUUUAUAGCCACCUUUGAUCGUAGAAACUAGUAAAGACGCGCGACGACCGAAUAACGAAAAACGAAAAACGACGAACGAAAUAAAACCACUGGAAACGAUUAACAAUGAAAGUCUGUGCGUUGCGCCGAAAUCCCCGAAGGAUUAACCAAAGGAACUCUCGCGCUCGACGACUCGCCGUCCGUUCGACGAGCUCUCGUUUCGCGUGUUAAUCGUAAAUCCGUUGAAUUCCACCCUGUAAUUUAUAAACUAAGAGUCUGAGUGUACGUGUGUGUAUGCGUGUGCGUGUGUACGCGGCGCAAUCGGAAAGAUGCAUCUUCGUAAAAGUUGUCGAAUUCGACGUACAGACCCGGUAGAAUGUCGCGGACGAUGCAAUUCGUCUGCCGCGCGCCGUAACUCCUCGUUUCCACCGUGCUCGUCGAAGCGAUCCGCUCGGCAAACAAUGUACCAUUCCGCGUCGGUAUUUAUUUUCGCACCGAUGACUGUUCGCGCGCGACUGACGGAACGCAUCGAUUUUUUUUCGGUGGAACGUGUCCGCAUGUAAAUAGAAAAAUGAAUCGUCGGAAACGAAAUAUCUUUCUCAUACUCCUCGAUCGUAACGUACCGGCGGACCCCUGAAAAGCGAUUCGGAUUCGACGCCCCGAAUCAACUUGUCGAAUAAACGUUCGAACGUCCGCGGUGUAUGCAUCGCGAACAAAGAAGCAACGGAUUAAUUCCGCCGAGCCGAGCCCGGGGGAGACUUGGAAUUACCCCGCGAGUUUCAUGAAAACCGAACUCCGGGGCCGCGCCGCAAAUCUCUAUUUCAACGAGCAUAUUAUCGCUAGGUCUUGCACGUGUACCGAGCUUCCAAGCGUUAAUUCCAUCAAAGCCACGUAACAAUAAUUUAAUUUAUCGUCGUCCUCUUUUUUCAACGAUUCUUCGAUUCCCUUCUUGAUCAUGUUCUUGUUCUUGUUCUUGUUCUUGUUCUUGUUCUUUUUCCUCGUCGGUUUUUCCUUCUCCGCUACCCCAGCGUCCCUCGGCCGUUGAAAACGAACGCCGAAUUCCAUCUAUGCACCAUCGACAACAAAUUAAGGUAAUUGGAUUUGUUGAAAAACUGCACUCGAUGUUUCGCAAUGAAUCGCGGAACGAAAGUCAGCGGUUCGUACGUGCAAUUGAAAACUCGAGCUUUUCAGGAAAACGAGGGAAUUCGAGAAUUUCGGUUCAUCGCGGCGCGAUAAUUAGCGAACUGUGUAUUCAUUCGCGUGUUAUUCAACGAGAUUCAGAAUUGAACAGGGUCGAAA